ACUUAUUCAACAUAAUAUUCCAGUCCGUUAAACAUCGUAACAGCUCGCUUCAUCAUCAUCAUCAUCAUCACAGAAGUGUUCCACUAAUUAUUCCAACUCUUCUAAUCAUUAUCCUAUGCAUAAUGCAAUCUUCACAUUCAAUUGAAACAUCUGAAUCAACAGUUUGUCCAUCACAAUGUAUAUGCAGUUCAAAACGUAUGAAUUGUGAACUCCCAGGUUUAAAGUAUCUACCGCAACCACCAAUGUUACAACUGGAAUAUUUACUCAUACAAAAUCAAACAUUUAUCAGUACACAUUUAGGUCCAAAUGAAUUAUCUGUAUAUCGUAGUGUUGAAUUUGGCGGUAAAAUCCAGCUGAAAAGUUUACAUAUCCGUUUUUGUAAUAUAGCAAGUUUAGGUCGUAAUGCAUUUCAAACAUUAGGCUCACAACUACGUUUAUUAGAUUUAACUGGGAAUCCGUUGAUUGAAAUCGCAGAUUAUGCAUUUUCUGGAUUAGAUCAAUUAACUCUGAUCAUGGAUGAAAUCAAAUUACCAAAUAUUCGAGAGAAUACAUUCACUGGAUUGACAAGAAUGAAAAGUUUAAUAAUGCGUAAUUCUAAUUUACGUGAACUACCCUACAAGUCAUUGGAACAGUUAACUUCUAUUGGUAGAUUAAGUCAGCUUAUAUUGAAAGGCAACCAGCUGAAACAUUUAGAUGCUAAAUAUGAUGUGAUAUUUCGUGAAUUACAAAAUUUUGAAAUUAAUGAUAAUCCAUGGCAUUGUGAUUGUCAGUUGAAUUGGCUUAUUAAACGUUAUCGUAGUAUACAUCGUCGGGAUUGGAAUGAAAGUAUGGAGAAUGGAUGGGAUAGAGAGGAUAGUCAACCAAAGUGUUCAACACCGCAUUCAUUAGCUGGGCAUAAAUUUAGUGAUCUUAUUACAGACUUAUCUGAAGCGUAUAAUCCAGGAACAAGUAAUUGGCGUAAAUCUCGUCCACCGUUUAUACUUUAUUGUCCACCUCCACAACUGGAACGUCUUGAUGUCGAUCUUACUAAUCUUCAUCAAGUGAACAAGGAUAAAGAUAAGCCCGCAGAGGAAUCAAAUCUCCAGUCUUCAGAUGUAAAUAAUAAUAAUAACAAUAAUAAUGAUAAACACCUCACUGUACGUUUAACAUGUUCAAUGAAAGGAUCAACACAACUGUCGAUCACAUGGUAUUAUCAUAAUGAAGGUAUGAUGACAGUUAAUCUGUCAAACCACCAUGUAACACGAAAGUAUCAGGAUGAAAAACAGAUUUCACGUUUAGUUAAUGACAAUGAACCUUGGCCUGUGAAAGUCGGUGAAGUGAUGCGGGCUGAGAGUGAAUUAGAAGUCAAGAAACAAAAUGAUGUGGAUAUGUAUUCUUGUAUUGGAAAUGAUGUCAUCGGUAAUGUCAGCGCAACUGUUCGUCUACAAUGGCCACUUAUUUUACCAAAUAAACUACCACAAAAUGUUAAUGAAUUAUUACCCAGUACAAAAGUUGUACAGAACGACAGUAGAACUAAUUAUCUGAGCAAUAAUUGGCCUACUACACCCCUAUCACAUUCUGGUUCUGUAUUACAUACAAAACAAUUUAGUCUAGGCGAAUUAAUCGCUGCUACAGCUGGAACAUUUUUAUCAACUGUUCUAUUAUUUUUUAUUAUUUAUCAAGCACUUCAUCGUCGUUUAUCCCCGUGUGAUAAACGUAAACAGUAUAGACCUCAUAAAGCAGACAAUACUGUUCUCGAUGUACCUGCAGUCUCUCCUGGCGGAACAUCUUCAUCUAACACGUCAUGUAGUGCAUCUAGAGCAGCUAUAACUACUAGCUCGACAGAGACAACUGCACCAGCCAAGUACAAUAACCAAUUGUCCUACAGGACAAAUGAAUCCUGA